GUCGAGUUUUACUUCGCCGACUCGAACCUGCCCUUUGAUAAGUUCAUGUGGACGCUCCACACAGCUAAUGCCGAGCACUGGGUACCCGUCAAGACCGUCGCAUCCUUCAAGCGUAUGCGCGAGUUCCAUUCUCUGGGUGAUGAGUGGCUACUCGAUGCGCUUCGCAAGAGCGAGGAGCUGGAAAUCGACGAAAAAAGCGAAAAUAUCCGCCGCCGCACCGAAGUGCAGCCACCGAAGGACCAGUUCGAACGCAGUGUGUACGCGAAAGGCUUUGGCAAGGAGGACCCGACGCUGCAGAAGAAGCUCGAGGACUUUUUCAACAAGUACGGGCGGACGAACGCGGUGCGCAUGCGGCGAAUUGACAACACGAAGGAGUUCAAGGUUCGU